CCCCCAUAUUUCAUCUUUUUCUCUGUUUUCUUCUCUUCUCUUUCUAUCUCUAGACUAGAAUUGUAUCAUUCCUUUCUUCUUGUUUUCCUCAUAAAAAAUUAGAAUAGUAGUUCUUGUUUUUUUCAAGACUUCCUUCUCUGCUAAGUUUUUUCACCUAUUUUUACUAUUCAGAUCUCAAUCAUCUCUACUUCACCUUUUUCCUGUAAAUUUACUGUGUUGAAGCAGAAUUGAGAGACUAGUAAAGUUUUGUUGACAUGGCUGGCCGUUAUGAUCGAAAUCCUUUUGAUGAAGAAGAAGAAGUUAAUCCUUUUGCUGAUGGUGGAGGCAGAGGGAAAUCUUCAGGGCAAUCAAAAUUUAGUGGAGGUGCAUUUUACACCACAUCUGGGAGUGUGCCUCCAGCAACAAACUCCAGGCUUUCACCCCUUCCGCCAGAACCAGCUGAUUUCUAUGAUGGCAAUGCGUCAAUCGAUAUUCCUCUUGAUAGUGCUUCGGACCUGAAAAAGAAAGAAAAAGUAUUACAGUCUAAGGAGAAUGAAUUGCGGCGGAGGGAACAGGAACUAAAAAGGAGAGAAGAUGCUGUAGCAAGAGCCGGUAUUGUUAUCGAGCAGAAAAAUUGGCCUCCAUUCUUCCCGAUUAUCCAUCAUGAUAUUGCAAAUGAAAUACCAAUUCAUCUUCAAAAGCUACAAUAUGUUGCAUUUACAACAUUCUUGGGACUUUUUGCAUGCCUUUUAUGGAACAUUGUAGCUACCACUACAGCAUGGAUUAAAGAAGGAGAUGUAAAGAUCUGGUUCCUUUCUAUCAUUUACUUCAUAGCGGGUGUUCCUGGAGCCUACUUCAUGUGGUAUCGUCCUCUGUAUCGUGCUUUUAGAACUGAGGGUGCCAUGAAGUUUGCGUGGUUUUUCUUGUUUUACUUGGUUCACAUUGUAUUCUGCAUCUUUGCUGCUGUUGCUCCUCCAGUAGUCUUCAGAGGAAAAUCCCUUACUGGCAUCCUGCCUGCGGUAGAUCUCAUCGGCAAAAAUGUACUUGUUGGGAUUUUCUACUUCAUUGGUUUUGGGCUAUUUUGUCUCGAGUCAUUGCUGAGCAUUUGGGUUAUCCAGCAAGUAUACAUGUAUUUCCGAGGAAGUGGUAAAGCUGCACAGAUGAAGCAAGAAGCUACUAGAGGGGCCAUGAGAGCUGCAAUAUAAUGAAGAAUGGUUUUGGAGAAGGAUGUCGUUUGCGUCCCCUUUGCCUAUGAGGAGGAUAUUGGAUACAGAAGUUGGCUAUUUCAGUUGUGGCUGAUAGUAUUGUUUUCAGAUGUUUUGGUUACUUCAGUUAGGCAGAUAUGUUUGUUUCAUAUGUUUGUAGUGAUCAUUCUCUUAUGAUGUAUGUUUUAUUUAUAACUACUUUGACCAAAGUGCUGUUAGAAAAAGAUAGAAUGCCUUGUAUUAUUGAAGACACAAUCUUUACAUGUUUAAA